CAGUGCUCUUGCUGAUUAAUUAUUAAUUCGAUUCCCUUCUAGCUAGCUAGAUCUUUUUUCUUUUCCUUCAUUGAAAUCUUGUAUGAGAGUGAAUCGGAUGUUUGCUGCACCAAUCCAUGAGGCUCUUGACACCAAGUUCCUCAGACCGGAUAAGAGCUUAUUAUACUCCAGAGAAAACCUCAAGCGCCGCUUCCUCCUUCGCGCCCUCCUCUUCGCCGGAAGCACCCUUGUGACAGCAGCCUUUCCCUUCAUGUCUGACUUUGUCGACUUAUUUGGAUCAUUCACACUUACCACCCUAACCUUUGUUUUUCCAAGCAUGAUCUUCAUCAAGGUUGAGGGAAAGACGGCUAGAAUUGAGAAGAAGGUGUGGCACUGGGCCAACAUAGUUGUUUUUUCCCUGCUUGGAGUAGCGACCACCGUCUCUGCUCUUCGGUUGAUAGUUAACAAUGUUCAGAACUACCAUUUUUUUGCAGACACUUGAACACAUAGAUUGAUUAACCGGUGUAAUAGUAUAUGAUAUAGCCAUUUUACAAUAAAUUUGUACUCGCUGGAGAGCAAUAUAUGCUUCUGUUUCUCUGCCUGAUCAAUGAAGACUUUGAAAGAGUUCAAUUCCAUUCGUUGCUAAAAUUCAAUUGAGUUUUAAAUGAGAUGGAUCAUGGAUGGUGAAGAUGAGAUCGAAUAGUAUACAACUGCAACUUAGCCGGUUUAGUUUAUUAGAAGGCUAACCCAUUUCAAAUAAUUAAUGGGCGAUGCCGUUUUGAAGGAGAUUGAUUGGAAAAUGUAAGCGACAACGUUUUGAAAAGGAUCAAGAAAACGAUUUACUUGUCGGAGAAAGUCAAAAGCCUUCGGUUUGAUUUAUAACUUUCUGAUGAGAAAUUCAAAACGACGUCUUGCAGUUUUCUGCGUUUCCAGCAGUAAGGCCACUAUCACAGAGGACGAGAGAUUGGGACUGGGUAUAAAAAUUGAAGCAGCUAAUCUGAUCCUCUCAAAGAAGAGAUCGAGAUUUACGAAGGAGAAACCAUAAACCCACAUCAUGGAUUACUUCAUAUUGAAGUUUUUCUAGCGACCGAUUUUGCCUGAAAUCUGUUUGAUGAAUGUCCGAAAGCAAUGCUUUCCUUCACAACACCUCUGUUUUUACUCGUUCAUUCGCUUGAUGAUUUUGCCUUUUCUUUUUCUGGGCUGUUUUGUUUUUGCCCUUGUGAUUUGCUCAGACAGUGUUCUGAUGUGGGGUGCAAUCCGUUUAGCAAGGAUGCUCCGUU